AUGAAAUUCUCUAAAGACGUUAGUUCUUCUAGACGUAAAAGUCGAAAAGCUCAUUUUACAGCUCAUUCAGCACUUCGUAGAAAAAUUAUGAGUGCAUCUUUAUCAAAAGAGCUUAGAGAGAAACACAAUGCUAGAUCAAUACCAAUUCGUAAAGAUGAUGAAGUUAAAAUAGUAAGAGGCACCAAUAAAGGUCGUGAUGGUAAAGUGACUCAAGUGUAUCGUAAAAGAUGGGUGAUCCAUAUUGAACGUCUCAGCAGAGAAAAGGCAAAUGGUAAUACUGUUCAAAUUGGUGUUCAUCCAUCAAAUGUGGUCAUAACCAAAUUGAAAAUUGAUAAAGAUCGUAAAGGAUUAUUAGGAAGGAAAAAUAGAGAUAAAGAAGGUGCAAGUAAAGGAAAAGAGAAGAUGGACGAGUCCGAAGAUUAG